AUGAAGAAUUCCGUGAGAUGCUGCCCCCCAGAAAGGCAGCAUUUGAGUCCCACCACGCCAAGCGGACCCCGCAGCUGCCACCAGGGACGCUGGAAAAAGAACAAGGCUCACCAGCAGGGACGCUGGAAGAAGAACAAGGCUCACCAGCAGGGACGCUGGAAGAAGAACAAGGCUCACCAGCAGGGACGCUGGAAGAAGAACAAGGCUCACGAGCAGGGAAGCUGGAAGAAGAACAAGGCUCACCAGCAGGGACGCUGGAAGAAGAACAAGGCUCACCAGCAGGCACGCUGGAAGAAGAACAAGGCUCACCAGCAGGGACGCUGGAAGAAGAACAAGGCUCACCAGCAGGGACGCUGGAAGAAGAACAGGGCUCACCAGCAGGGACGCUGGAAGAAGAACAAGGCUCACCAGCAGGGACGCUGGAAGAAGAACAAGGCUCACCAGCAGGGACGCUGGAAGAAGAACAAGGCUCACGAGCAGGGACGCUGGAAGAAGAACAAGGCUCACCAGCAGGGACGCUGGAAGAAGAACAAGGCUCACCAGCAGGGACGCUGGAAGAAGAGCAAGGCUCACGAGCAGGGUCGCUGGAAGAAGAACAAGGCUCACCAGCAGGGACGCUGGAAGAAGAACAAGGCUCACCAGCAGGGACGCUGGAAGAAGAACAAGGCUCACCAGCAGGGACGCUGGAAGAAAAACAAGGCUCACCAGCAGGGACGCUGGAAGAAGAACAAGGCUCACGAGCAGGGUCGCUGGAAGAAGAACAAGGCUCAUCAGCAGGGACGCUGGAAGAAGAACAAGGCUCACCAGCAGGGACGCUGGAAGAAGAACAAGGCUCACCAGCAGGGACGCUGGAAGAAGAACAAGGCUCACCAGCAGGGACGCUGGAAGAAGAACAAGGCUCACGAGCACGGUCGCUGGAAGAAGAACAAGGCACACCAGCAGGGACGCUGGAAGAAGAACAAGGCUCACCAGCAGGGACGCUGGAAGAAGAACAAGGCUCACCAGCAGGGACGCUGGAAGAAGAACAAGGCUCACCAGCAGGGACGCUGGAAGAAGAACAAGGCUCACCAGCAGGGACGCUGGAAGAAGAACAAGGCUCACCAGCAGGGACGCUGGAAGAAGAACAAGGCUCACCAGCAGGGACGCUGGAAGAAGAACAAGGCUCACCAGCAGGGACGCUGGAAGAAGAACAAGGCUCACGAGCAGGGACGCUGGAAGAAGAACAAGGCUCACCAGCAGGGACGCUGGAAGAAGAACAAGGCUCACCAGCAGGGACGCUGGAAGAAGAACAAGGCUCACCAGCAGGGACGCUGGAAGAAGAACAAGGCUCACCAGCAGGCACGCUGGAAGAAGAACAAGGCUCACCAGCAGGGACGCUGGAAGAAGAACAAGGCUAACGAGCAGGGACACUGGAAGAAGAACAAGGCUCACCAGCAGGGACGCUGGAAGAAGAACAAGGCUCACCAGCAGGGACGCUGGAAGAAGAACAAGGCUCACCAGCAGGGACGCUGGAAGAAGAACAAGGCUCACGAGCAGGGUCGCUGGAAGAAGAACAAGGCUCACCAGCAGGGACGCUGGAAGAAGAACAAGGCUCACCAGCAGGGACGCUGGAAGAAGAACAAGGCUCACCAGCAGGGACGCUGGAAGAAAAACAAGGCUCACCAGCAGGGACGCUGGAAGAAGAACAAGGCUCACGAGCAGGGUCGCUGGAAGAAGAACAAGGCACACCAGCAGGGACGCUGGAAGAAGAACAAGGCUCACCAGCAGGGACGCUGGAAGAAGAACAAGGCUCACCAGCAGGGACGCUGGAAGAAGAACAAGGCUCACCAGCAGGCACGCUGGAAGAAGAACAAGGCUCACCAGCAGGGACGCUGGAAGAAGAACAAGGCUCACCAGCAGGGACGCUGGAAGAAGAACAAGGCUCACCAGCAGGGACGCUGGAAGAAGAACAAGGCUCACCAGCAGGCACGCUGGAAGAAGAACAAGGCUCACCAGCAGGGACGCUGGAAGAAGAACAAGGCUCACCAGCAGGGACGCUGGAAGAAGAACAAGGCUCACCAGCAGGGACGCUGGAAGAAGAACAAGGCUCACCAGCAGGGACGCUGGAAGAAGAACAAGGCUCACCAGCAGGGACGCUGGAAGAAGAACAAGGCUCACCAGCAGGGACGCUGGAAGAAGAACAAGGCUCACCAGCAGGGACGCUGUAAGAAGAACAAGGCUCACCAGCAGGGACGCUGGAAGAAGAACAAGGCUCACCAGCAGGGACGCUGGAAGAAGAACAGGGCUCACCAGCAGGGACGCUGGAAGAAGAACAAGGCUCACCAGCAGAGACGCUGGAAGAAGAACAAGGCUCACCAGCAGGGACGCUGGAAGAAGAACAAGGCUCACGAGCAGGGACGCUGGAAGAAGAACAAGGCUCACCAGCAGGGACGCUGGAAGAAGAACAAGGCUCACCAGCAGGGUCGCUGGAAGAAGAGCAAGGCUCACGAGCAGGGUCGCUGGAAGAAGAACAAGGCUCACCAGCAGGGACGCUGGAAGAAGAACAAGGCUCACCAGCAGGGACGCUGGAAGAAGAACAAGACUCACCAGCAGGGACGCUGGAAGAAAAACAAGGCUCACCAGCAGGGACGCUGGAAGAAGAACAAGGCUCACGAGCAGGGACGCUGGAAGAAGAACAAGGCUCACCAGCAGGGACGCUGGAAGAAGAACAAGGCUCACCAGCAGGGACGCUGGAAGAAGAACAAGGCUCACCAGCAGGGACGCUGGAAGAAGAACAAGGCUCACCAGCAGGGACGCUGGAAGAAGAACAAGGCUCACGAGCACGGUCGCUGGAAGAAGAACAAGGCACACCAGCAGGGACGCUGGAAGAAGAACAAGGCUCACCAGCAGGGACGCUGGAAGAAGAACAAGGCUCACCAGCAGGGACGCUGGAAGAAGAACAAGGCUCACCAGCAGGGACGCUGGAAGAAGAACAAGGCUCACCAGCAGGGACGCUGGAAGAAGAACAAGGCUCACCAGCAGGGACGCUGGAAGAAGAACAAGGCUCACCAGCAGGGACGCUGGAAGAAGAACAAGGCUCACCAGCAGGGACGCUGGAAGAAGAACAAGGCUCACCAGCAGGGACGCUGGAAGAAGAACAAGGCUCACCAGCAGGGACGCUGGAAGAAGAACAAGGCUCACCAGCAGGGACGCUGGAAGAAGAACAAGGCUCACGAGCAGGGACGCUGGAAGAAGAACAAGGCUCACCAGCAGGGACGCUGGAAGAAGAACAAGGCUCACCAGCAGGGACGCUGGAAGAAGAACAAGGCUCACCAGCAGGGACGCUGGAAGAAGAACAAGGCUCACCAGCAGGCACGCUGGAAGAAGAACAAGGCUCACCAGCAGGGACGCUGGAAGAAGAACAAGGCUAACGAGCAGGGACACUGGAAGAAGAACAAGGCUCACCAGCAGGGACGCUGGAAGAAGAACAAGGCUCACCAGCAGGGACGCUGGAAGAAGAACAAGGCUCACCAGCAGGGACGCUGGAAGAAGAACAAGGCUCACGAGCAGGGUCGCUGGAAGAAGAACAAGGCUCACCAGCAGGGACGCUGGAAGAAGAACAAGGCUCACCAGCAGGGACGCUGGAAGAAGAACAAGGCUCACCAGCAGGGACGCUGGAAGAAAAACAAGGCUCACCAGCAGGGACGCUGGAAGAAGAACAAGGCUCACGAGCAGGGUCGCUGGAAGAAGAACAAGGCACACCAGCAGGGACGCUGGAAGAAGAACAAGGCUCACCAGCAGGGACGCUGGAAGAAGAACAAGGCUCACCAGCAGGGACGCUGGAAGAAGAACAAGGCUCACCAGCAGGCACGCUGGAAGAAGAACAAGGCUCACCAGCAGGGACGCUGGAAGAAGAACAAGGCUCACCAGCAGGGACGCUGGAAGAAGAACAAGGCUCACCAGCAGGGACGCUGGAAGAAGAACAAGGCUCACCAGCAGGCACGCUGGAAGAAGAACAAGGCUCACCAGCAGGGACGCUGGAAGAAGAACAAGGCUCACCAGCAGGGACGCUGGAAGAAGAACAAGGCUCACCAGCAGGGACGCUGGAAGAAGAACAAGGCUCACCAGCAGGGACGCUGGAAGAAGAACAAGGCUCACCAGCAGGGACGCUGGAAGAAGAACAAGGCUCACCAGCAGGGACGCUGGAAGAAGAACAAGGCUCACCAGCAGGGACGCUGGAAGAAGAACAAGGCUCACCAGCAGGGACGCUGGAAGAAGAACAAGGCUCACCAGCAGGGACGCUGGAAGAAGAACAGGGCUCACCAGCAGGGACGCUGGAAGAAGAACAAGGCUCACCAGCAGAGACGCUGGAAGAAGAACAAGGCUCACCAGCAGGGACGCUGGAAGAAGAACAAGGCUCACGAGCAGGGACGCUGGAAGAAGAACAAGGCUCACCAGCAGGGACGCUGGAAGAAGAACAAGGCUCACCAGCAGGGACGCUGGAAGAAGAGCAAGGCUCACGAGCAGGGUCGCUGGAAGAAGAACAAGGCUCACGAGCAGGGACGCUGGAAGAAGAACAAGGCUCACCAGCAGGGACGCUGGAAGAAGAACAAGGCUCACCAGCAGGGACGCUGGAAGAAGAACAAGGCUCACCAGCAGGGACGCUGGAAGAAGAACAAGGCUCACCAGCAGGGACGCUGGAAGAAGAACAAGGCUCACGAGCACGGUCGCUGGAAGAAGAACAAGGCACACCAGCAGGGACGCUGGAAGAAGAACAAGGCUCACCAGCAGGGACGCUGGAAGAAGAACAAGGCUCACCAGCAGGGACGCUGGAAGAAGAACAAGGCUCACCAGCAGGGACGCUGGAAGAAGAACAAGGCUCACCAGCAGGGACGCUGGAAGAAGAACAAGGCUCACCAGCAGGGACGCUGGAAGAAGAACAAGGCUCACCAGCAGGGACGCUGGAAGAAGAACAAGGCUCACCAGCAGGGACGCUGGAAGAAGAACAAGGCUCACCAGCAGGCACGCUGGAAGAAGAACAAGGCUCACCAGCAGGGACGCUGGAAGAAGAACAAGGCUAACGAGCAGGGACACUGGAAGAAGAACAAGGCUCACCAGCAGGGACGCUGGAAGAAGAACAAGGCUCACCAGCAGGGACGCUGGAAGAAGAACAAGGCUCACCAGCAGGGACGCUGGAAGAAGAACAAGGCUCACCAGCAGGCACGCUGGAAGAAGAACAAGGCUCACCAGCAGGGACGCUGGAAGAAGAACAAGGCUAACGAGCAGGGACACUGGAAGAAGAACAAGGCUCACGAGCAGGGACGCUGGAAGAAGAACAAGGCUCACCAGCAGGGACGCUGGAAGAAGAACAAGGCUCACCAGCAGGGACGCUGGAAGAAGAACAAGGCUCACCAGCAGGGACGCUGGAAGAAGAACAAGGCUCACCAGCAGGGACGCUGGAAGAAGAACAAGGCUCACGAGCAGGGUCGCUGGAAGAAGAACAAGGCACACCAGCAGGGACGCUGGAAGAAGAACAAGGCUCACCAGCAGGGACGCUGGAAGAAGAACAAGGCUCACCAGCAGGGACGCUGGAAGAAGAACAAGGCUCACCAGCAGGCACGCUGGAAGAAGAACAAGGCUCACCAGCAGGGACGCUGGAAGAAGAACAAGGCUCACCAGCAGGGACGCUGGAAGAAGAACAAGGCUCACCAGCAGGGACGCUGGAAGAAGAACAAGGCUCACCAGCAGGGACGCUGGAAGAAGAACAAGGCUCACGAGCACGGUCGCUGGAAGAAGAACAAGGCACACCAGCAGGGACGCUGGAAGAAGAACAAGGCUCACCAGCAGGGACGCUGGAAGAAGAACAAGGCUCACCAGCAGGGACGCUGGAAGAAGAACAAGGCUCACCAGCAGGGACGCUGGAAGAAGAACAAGGCUCACCAGCAGGGACGCUGGAAGAAGAACAAGGCUCACCAGCAGGGACGCUGGAAGAAGAACAAGGCUCACCAGCAGGGACGCUGGAAGAAGAACAAGGCUCACCAGCAGGGACGCUGGAAGAAGAACAAGGCUCACGAGCAGGGUCGCUGGAAGAAGAACAAGGCUCACCAGCAGGGACGCUGGAAGAAGAACAAGGCUCACCAGCAGGGACGCUGGAAGAAGAACAAGGCUCACCAGCAGGGACGCUGGAAGAAAAACAAGGCUCACCAGCAGGGACGCUGGAAGAAGAACAAGGCUCACGAGCAGGGUCGCUGGAAGAAGAACAAGGCACACCAGCAGGGACGCUGGAAGAAGAACAAGGCUCACCAGCAGGGACGCUGGAAGAAGAACAAGGCUCACCAGCAGGGACGCUGGAAGAAGAACAAGGCUCACCAGCAGGCACGCUGGAAGAAGAACAAGGCUCACCAGCAGGGACGCUGGAAGAAGAACAAGGCUCACCAGCAGGGACGCUGGAAGAAGAACAAGGCUCACCAGCAGGGACGCUGGAAGAAGAACAAGGCUCAACAGCAGGCACGCUGGAAGAAGAACAAGGCUCACCAGCAGGGACGCUGGAAGAAGAACAAGGCUCACCAGCAGGGACGCUGGAAGAAGAACAAGGCUCACCAGCAGGGACGCUGGAAGAAGAACAAGGCUCACGAGCAGGUGUGUCUCCUGUCUUGUCUCCCAUGCCUUCUCUCAUGCCACCCCUCCCCUUUUUUACUGCCUGCUGCGCUUGCUGCUGUUGCUCCUGCUGCUCCUGCUGCUGCUGGUGCUGGUUGUGGCGGUGGUGGUGCUGUUGCUGCUGCUGGUGCUGGUUGUGGCGGUGGUGGUGCUGUUGCUGCUGCUGGUGCUGGUUGUGGCGGUGGUGGUGCUGUUGCUGCUGCUGGUGCUGGUUGUGGCGGUGGUGGUGCUGUUGCUGCUGCUGGUGCUGGUUGUGGCGGUGGUGGUGCUGUUGCUGCUGCUGGUGCUGGUUGUGGCGGUGGUGGUGCUGUUGCUGCUGCUGGUGCUGGUUGUGGCGGUGGUGGUGCUGUUGCUGCUGCUGGUGCUGGUUGUGGCGGUGGUGGUGCUGUUGCUGCUGCUGGUGCUGGUUGUGGCGGUGGUGGUGCUGUUGUUGCUGCUGCUGGUGCUGGUUGUGGCGGUGGUGGUGCUGUUGCUGCUGCUGGUGCUGGUUGUGGCGGUGGUGGUGCUGUUGCUGCUGCUGGUGCUGGUUGUGGCGGUGGUGGUGCUGUUGCUGCUGCUGGUGCUGGUUGUGGCGGUGGUGGUGCUGUUGUUGCUGCUGCUGGUGCUGGUUGUGGCGGUGGUGGUGCUGUUGCUGCUGCUGGUGCUGGUUGUGGCGGUGGUGGUGCUGUUGCUGCUGCUGGUGCUGGUUGUGGCGGUGGUGGUGCUGUUGCUGCUGCUGGUGCUGGUUGUGGCGGUGGUGGUGCUGUUGCUGCUGCUGGUGCUGGUUGUGGCGGUGGUGGUGCUGUUGCUGCUGCUGGUGCUGGUUGUGGCGGUGGUGGUGCUGUUGCUGCUGCUGGUGCUGGUUGUGGCGGUGGUGGUGCUGUUGCUGCUGCUGGUGCUGGUUGUGGCGGUGGUGGUGCUGUUGCUGCUGCUGCUGGCGCCCCUUCCCCAUUCCCUUUCUCACCACCUGCUGUUCCUACUGCUGUCGCCCCCGCCCCCUUCACUGCCUCACCGCCUGUUUCUCCUACUGCUGUCCCACCCGCCCCCUUCACUGCCUCACCGCCUGCUUCUCCUACUGCUUGUCCUCCCUUAACCCCCUUCACUGCCUCACAGCCUGCUGCUCCUACUGCUUGCGCUCCCUUAACCCCCUCAAGCAGGCUGUGCCAUCUAGGGCUGAGCCGCCUGCAGGACCCGUGGAGAGCUGACGGGGUGUGUGCUUCUGGGAUGGCUGAGGACAGGCCUGGGGUGGAUGGGGAAAACGUGGAAAGAUGA